CCCCUAUUGUGUGCUGCAUAACUGGGCAGUAGUGUUAAAGGAUGGCUACGUAGCAUCUUGACCACAAAGCUGGCAGACGGUGCUCUCCCCUCUCGCUUUUCCUCACCUAGGAUUUAUAGUCUAAUUUUUUUAUUUCUAAAGCAGAUUUUUAAAGUUUAAACAUUUUUCAAAAACAGCUCUCAAAAAUGACAAGCCUGUUCCGGCGGAGCAGCAGCAAUGGCAGCUCAAGGAACAGCUCUUCCGCCCAGGACCUCAACAAUAGCCGGCCCACCAGGCAGGUCCGACGGCUGGAGUUCAACCAAGCCAUGGAGGAUUUCAAGACUAUGUUCCCCAAUAUGGAUUAUGACAUUAUUGAAUGUGUUUUGAGGGCUAACAACGGAGCUGUAGAUGCCACCAUUGACCAACUCUUACUGAUGAAUUUAGACGGCAGUGGUUAUGAUGACAGCUCGGACUCAGAUGACAGUAUUCCCCCAGAGAUUUUGGAGCGGACGUUGGAACCGGACAGUUCGGACGAAGAGCCUCCUCCUGUCUAUUCACCACCUGCCUACGAUCUGCACGUUUUUGACAGGCAGUAUCCACAAGCUCCACCGAGCCCGCCUCCCAGGAUUGAUGUAUCCAAUUCCAGUGGCCCUCAGGUGCACAGAUGCUACAGGAACUGGAAUCCACCAUUACUAGGCAACCUUCCUGAUGAUUUCCUUCGCAUCCUACCCCAGCAGCUGGACAGUGUGCAGAGUUCACAAAAUUGCAAUCAGACUGUGCCGGGCGAGGGCAGCCAGAGAUCCCAGGGCUUGUUGGACCAAGAGAGGAAGUGGAAACAGUACCUGGAAGAUGAGCGAAUUGCGCUUUUCUUACAGAAUGAAGAGUUCAUGAAGGAGCUCCAGAGGAACCGGGAUUUUCUCAUUGCCCUUGAGAGAGAUCGACUGAAGUAUGAGUCAAAAAAAUCCAAGUCGACCAGUGUUGCUGUCAGUAACGAUUUCAGCUUUUCUGCUGUACAACCAGGUGACGUGGCCCCUGUAACCAGCGAGGCCAGCAGUGCUGUGUCUGAAGAUGCCUUAUUUAGGGACAAACUGAAACACAUGGGAAAAUCUACACGCAAGAAGCUGUUUGAACUUGCAAGGGCUUUUUCGGAAAAGACCAAGAUGAAGAAGUCAAAAAGAAAACACUUACUGAAGCAUCAAGUGAUGGGAACAGCGGCUUCCACAGCUAAUCUUCUCGAUGACGUUGAAGGACACUCGUGCGAUGAGGAUUUCCAAGCAAGAAGACAGCAACUACAUGAGGAAGAGGAGAUACCGAAAGAAGGACAAUAAAUGAUCCCAGAUCCAUUACCUGAACUGGACUUUAUUUGUGAAAGUCUUAAGGAGAAGAUGGCUGCAAAGAAAAAACAAUUUCCUUGGCUCCCCAUGCUGGCAUCCUUUCUGAAGUACAAGUAUUAAAGUGAGGCACAAUGUUUUCCUCCCAGCGGGUUUGAAAACACCUCUUUCCUAUCCAGCCAAAAAUCAGCAGCUGAUCUGAAUUUUUCUCAGUCACUGCAAUGAAGAUAAUGGAUUUCAAGCUUUUGAGAAUAAUGGCCAAUCCCCCGUCUCUUUGAUAUAAACUCGGUUUGGAUAUGAAUUAAUAACAAUAAUACGUUGAAAAGCUGGGCCUUGGCUUGCCCAUUUUUAAACAUAUCACUGUAGCAAUCUGAUGUAACUUUAUGCGCACAGAAAAGACCUGAAAAUGUUGUUGUUUGUUUGUUGUUGUUACUAAGGGGUAAUCAGCCAGGAUCUAAAUCAUGUAAUAAACAGGGUGAUAUCAAUUGUCUUUUUAAAAAAGAAAAGACUUUCUUCUGCCAGGCAUUCUCACAUUGAAUUAAACCUUUGCCUCAGGCAUUGAUAAAAAUGCCUUGAACUAGAUACUGAGCUGGGGCUAAUUUCUCCUUCCAUAUACCACUUUCUCCAGUUUUGUGCUGCUGCUCUUGUGAUAUUAUAAUUUACAGAGCAGGAAUAGUGGGGGAGAGGGCUGAAUUUCAAAGCUGUUUAGUUCUUACUGCUGAUCUCUGAACCUUUCCCACGGGUUCUCAUUUGGAUUGUGGUAUUGUUCAUGACAAUUGGCUGCUCUCUAGGUAGCAGGCAAUUAGUUUUGGCCAUCUAGAAACACUUGCCAGAUUAGAUGGAAGGGAACUGUAGAUGGGGCCUUGGUUCACCUCUGAGCUCAUACGAAUGAGUCUCACAGUUGACUUCCUUCAGGAUCAGAAUGUGGCCUUAAGUUGAAACACAAGUGGGUUUUCUCUAGAGGGACAUAUGAGCAUAGGCCUGAUAGCAGGUCUCAUAACAUGAAGUGAAGGAGAGGUUGGUUCAGAGCUCACUGGUUAAUGUGAGGAUGACAUCCUUCCUCCAGGAGAGAGCU